CUCAGCGGGCUUCAGGACCCGCCGGCUGGGCGGACGGACAGCGCGCGAAGUGGACAGACACGUGCUGGGGCGGGCGGGCCCCUCGGUCGUGUCUCCUGGCCUAGAGGCUCCCGGGCUGCCGGGGUCGCGCGCCGAUGCCCGGCUGAGUCACUGGCCCGAAGCACGCGGGUGGCCACGGAGGGGCGGGGGGAGCGCGGCGGGCGGGCUGGCGGGCGGGGCGCUCGGCUGGGCCCCGCCGCAGGUGACCCGGAGGCUGUCGCCGCCCGCUGAGCCCGGAGCGCUUUGUGACCAGAUGCGGAGCCCAGCGGAGAGAGCGAGCCAGAUGAGGGGGGACAGCUGACUUGCUCCGAGAAGGCACGGAGCGCGCGGGUGGUCCCCGAGCUACUGACUUCUCCGCGGAUUCUAGAGCACCGCAAGAUAAACUUCUCACCAUGAAAGCCUCUGCUGUGCUUGCACCUGGCAUCCUUGUGCUUCUGUUUACCUUGGUGCAGAAGAGCAAUUGUGAGUGCAAGGAGGCACUAGUGAAGUCAAAGAUGAAUGUGAACAUGAAGUAUCAACUUCCCAACUUCACUGCGGAAACACCCAUCCAGAAUGUCGUUUUACACAAUCAUCACAUUUAUCUUGGUGCUGUUAACUACAUUUAUGUGCUAAGUGACAAAACCCUUCAGAAGGUUGCUGAAUACAAGACUGGUCCUGUGCUAGAACAUCCAGACUGUUUGCCAUGUCAGGACUGUAGACACAAAGCCAAUUUAUCAAAUGGCAUUUGGAAAGAUAACAUCAACAUGGCUCUGCUUGUUGACACGUACUAUGAUGACCAGCUCAUUAGCUGUGGCAGUGUCCACCGUGGGACCUGCCAGAGACAUGUGUUACCACCAAACAAUGCUGCUGACAUACAGUCAGAGGUUCAUUGUAUGUAUACCCCACAGCCAGAAGAAGAGCCCAGUCAGUGUCCUGACUGUGUGGUGAGUGCCCUGGGAACCAAAGUCUUGCUGUCUGAAAAGAACAGAUUCAUCAACUUUUUUGUAGGCAAUACCAUAAAUUCUUCUUACCUACCAGAUCAUUCAUUGCAUUCUAUGUCAGUGAGAAGGCUAAAGGAAACGCAAGAUGGCUUUAAAUUUUUGACAGAUCAAUCCUAUAUUGAUGUCUUACCUGAGUUCCAAGAUUCUUACCCCAUUAAGUAUAUCCACGCCUUUAAAAGCAACCACUUUAUUUACUUUUUGACAGUCCAACGAGAAACUUUAGAUGCUCAGACUUUUCACACAAGAAUAAUCAGGUUUUGUUCCGGAGACUCUGGGUUACAUUCUUACAUGGAAAUGCCACUGGAGUGUAUUCUCACAGAAAAGAGAAGGAAGAGAGCCGCAAGGGAAGAAGUAUUUAAUAUACUGCAAGCUGCAUAUGUCAGUAAGCCUGGUGCCCAUCUUGCUAGGCAGAUAGGUGCCAGUCUGAAUGAUGACAUUCUAUAUGGGGUGUUUGCACAAAGCAAGCCAGAUUCUGCAGAACCCAUGAAUCGCUCUGCUGUCUGUGCAUUUCCAAUCAAAUAUGUUAAUGAAUUCUUCAACAAGAUUGUCAACAAAAACAAUGUGAGGUGUCUCCAGCAUUUUUAUGGACCCAACCAUGAACACUGCUUUAAUAGGACACUUUUGAGAAAUUCAUCAAGCUGUGAUGUGCGCAGUGAUGAAUAUCGAACAGAGUUUACCACAGCUUUGCAGCGUGUUGACUUAUUCAUGGGCCAAUUCAACCAAGUCCUCUUAACAUCUAUAUCCACAUUCAUUAAAGGAGACCUCACCAUUGCUAAUCUUGGCACAUCAGAAGGUCGCUUCAUGCAGGUUGUGGUUUCUAGAUUAGGAUCAUCAACCCCUCAUGUGAAUUUUCGCCUGGACUCUCACCCUGUGUCUCCAGAAAUAAUUGUGGAACAUCCAUUGAAUGGAAAUGACUACACACUUGUGGUCACUGGGAAGAAGAUCACCAAGAUACCACUGAAUGGCUUAGGCUGUGAACACUUCCAGUCUUGCAGUCAGUGUCUCUCUGCCCCUGCCUUUGUGCAGUGUGGCUGGUGUCAUGACAAAUGUGUGCAACUAGAGGAAUGUCCCAGUGGAACAUGGACUCAAGAGACCUGUCUGCCUACAAUCUACAAGGUUUUGCCAACUAGUGCACCCCUUGAAGGAGGAACUACACUUACCAUAUGUGGCUGGGACUUUGGAUUCAGGAGAAAUAAUAAAUUUGAUUUAAAGAAAACUAGAGUUUUCCUUGGAAAUGAGAGCUGCACCGUGACUUUAAGUGAAAGCUCAACAAAUAUGUUGAAAUGCACAGUUGGCCCUACAUUGUACGAGCAUUUCAAUAUGUCUAUAAUUAUUUCAAAUAGUCGAGGGACAGUACAGUACAGUACAUUUUCGUAUGUGGAUCCUAUAAUAACAAGUAUUUCUCCAACUUACGGUCCUAAGACUGGUGGCACUUUACUCACUUUAACUGGAAAGUACCUAGACAGUGGGAAUUCUAGACACAUUUCAAUUGGUGGAAAAACAUGCACUUUAAAAAGUGUGUCAAAUAGCAUUCUUGAGUGUUACACCCCACCCCAAACCACUUCAACUGAGUUUCCAGUUAAGCUGAAAAUUGACCUAGCCAACCGUAACACGUACAGCUUCAGUUACCAGGAAGACCCUAUUAUCUAUAAAAUUCAUCCAAUUAAAUCUUUUAUUAGUGGUGGGAGCACAAUAACAGGUGUUGGAAAAAACCUGAAUUCAGUUAGUGUUCUGAGGAUGGUAAUAAAUGUGCACGAAGCAGGAAGGAACUUUACAGUGGCAUGUCAACAUCGCUCUAAUUCAGAGAUAAUCUGCUGUACUACUCCUUCACUGCAACAGCUGGAUCUUCAACUCCCCCUCACAACCAGAGCCUUUUUCAUGUUAGAUGGGAUCCAUUCCAGAUACUUUGAUCUCAUUUAUGUACAUAAUCCUAUGUUUAAAGUUUUUGAAAAGCCAGUGAAGAUCUCAGUAGGCAUUGAAAAUAUAUUAGAAAUUAAGGGAAAUGAUAUUGACCCUGAAGCAGUUAAAGGUGAAGUAUUAAAAGUUGGAAAUAAAAGCUGUGAAAAUAUACACUCAUAUUCUGAAACUGUUUUAUGUACGGUCCCCAAUGACCUGCUGAAGUUGAACAGCGAACUAAAUAUAGAGUGGAAGCAAGCAGUUACUUCAACUGUCCUUGGGAAAGUAAUAGUUCAACCAGAUCAGAAUAUCACAGAAUUGGUCGUUGGCAUUCUUUCGUUAUCAGGAAUACUCUUAACACUGCUCGGGCUUUUCCUGUGGUGGAAGAAGAAAAAGCAAAUUAAAGAUCUGGGCAGUGAAUUAGUUCGUUAUGAUGCAAGAGUACACACUCCUCAUUUGGAUAGGCUUGUAAGUGCCCGAAGUGUGAGCCCAACUACAGAAAUGGUUUCAAAUGAAUCUGUUGACUACCGAGCUACUUUUCCAGAAGACCAGUUUCCUAACUCACCUCAGAAUGGAUCCUGCAGACAAGUGCAGUAUCCCUUGACGGACCUAUCUCCCAUUCUCACUAGUGGGGAUUCUGAUAUAUCAAGUCCAUUACUUCAAAAUACUGUGCACAUUGACCUCAGUGCUCUAAAUCCAGAGCUGGUUCAAGCAGUCCAGCAUGUAGUGAUUGGACCGAGCAGCCUGAUAGUGCAUUUCAAUGAAGUCAUAGGAAGAGGACAUUUUGGGUGUGUUUAUCAUGGGACUUUGCUGGACAAUGAUGAUAAGAAAAUUCACUGUGCUGUAAAGUCCUUGAAUAGAAUCACUGACAUAGGAGAAGUUUCCCAGUUUUUGACUGAAGGAAUCAUCAUGAAAGAUUUUAGUCAUCCCAAUGUACUCUCACUCUUGGGAAUCUGUCUUCGAAGUGAAGGGUCUCCACUGGUGGUCUUGCCAUAUAUGAAACAUGGAGAUCUUCGAAAUUUCAUUAGAAAUGAGACACAUAAUCCAACUGUGAAAGAUCUUAUUGGCUUUGGUCUCCAAGUAGCCAAAGGCAUGAAAUAUCUUGCAAGCAAAAAGUUUGUCCACAGAGACUUGGCUGCAAGAAAUUGUAUGCUGGAUGAAAAUUUUACUGUCAAGGUUGCUGAUUUUGGUCUUGCCAGGGACAUGUAUGAUAAAGAAUACUACAGUGUACACAACAAAACAGGCGCAAAACUGCCAGUGAAGUGGAUGGCUCUAGAAAGUCUUCAAACUCAGAAGUUUACCACCAAGUCAGAUGUGUGGUCAUUUGGAGUGCUCCUCUGGGAACUGAUGACAAGAGGAGCACCACCUUAUCCUGAUGUGAACACUUUUGAUAUAACAGUUUACUUGUUGCAAGGCAGAAGACUCUUACAACCUGAAUACUGCCCAGAUCCAUUGUAUGAAGUAAUGUUGAAAUGCUGGCAUCCUAAAGCUGAACUGCGCCCAUCCUUCUCUGAACUGGUCUCCAGAAUAUCAGCAAUAUUCUCAGCUUUCAUUGGGGAGCACUAUGUGCAUGUGAAUGCUACUUACGUGAAUAUCAAAUGUGUUGCUCCAUAUCCUUCUCUGUUGUCAUCACAAGAUAACUUUGAUGGUGAGGGCAACACAUGAUGGAUGGAGACACCACCAGCCCCCUUCUGAGAAACGUCAUCUAACUGUUAAAACAACAGUUUAUACUUCAUCCAUUACUUUAUUCACUGCCUGACCAUUGAAAGGUCAUGAAUUGUUUUUUUUUUUCUUUUGCCAAAAUUGCACUAUAAUAGGACCUUGUAUUGUUAUCACAACUACUGGAUUCAAAGGAAUUUCUCAUCUGAUAAAGCAUCAGAGCCGAAGCUUGUUCCUAUAGGUACUGGUCACCACCCUGCUGCUGUGAUGUUGCUCCUGUCACAUUCAGGGCAGAAUCUGGAAUCUGAGUUGAUUUUUUUUUUUCCCUUUAAAACAGGAACUGAGGAAACAAAAUCUUGACGUGGUCAAAAAAAAAAAAAAUGCAGAAAUAGCAAUGUUCAGGAUAAAUGUGGCAGCACCAGGACCAAGCCAUUCUUUUAGAAUCAAAGUGUUUUCAAGAAAAUUUUAUCUAUUGUAUGAUUACUACUGUUUUUCAUUACUGAUACCAUCAUUUGCCUAUUAGGCAAACAUUCCUUUUUUAAAAAUUUUUUUGCAUACACAUUCCUUUUAUGGAAGAAACAUUAGUAAACAACACAGCUAAUGUUUCAAAACAGCAGGACAUUUGAAAUAUGUUUGUAUUGGGAUAUUUACAUAUUGUAUAUAGAUGCUAUUAAGAAGGUUUUUAUAAAGUAGUUUAGUCACAAUGAAGUAUUUGGUUGUCAUUUAAAAAUCAGCUGUUUGAGAAUGACACUCUGCUAAUCAAAUGAAUGUGGACAUUUCGAUGUUUUGUCUGUAUUUUUUUAAUGACAACUGAAAAUGAAACUAUUUCUGAUGAAAAGCAUUUUUAAAGAUAAUUCAUCAUGUUUUUGAAGCCAAAUACACCUGACUAAAAGAUUCAUUGGUUCCAAUCACAGCUCAUACACAGAACAAAGAAAGGAUCAAUAGACUUAAAAUACUAGCCUCUUUCUCGUGUGGCUGUUGUCCUCCCUGCAGACAAUUGGAGACAGUGAAACUUUGGGAGAAGUCAGUUUUUGUAUUGAUUUUUUUUUUGUUUUGUUAAGCUAAAUAUGUUUUAAGGGAAGAAAAUAGACAAUAGGGAGUUCUGGACAUUUCGCCUAGAUGAAGUUGCUGGGUAGAACUUCUGUGAUGUUUGUUCUGUGGGAUGAUGUGCUAACUACUGUAUAGUGCAUGUGGCACAGAAUACAUUUAACUGGUUUUUGUCAAUGUAACAUUUAAAGUUUUAUAUUUUUAUAAAAAUGUUUAUUUUUAACAAUGUAAGAAAAUCUUUGUUAGGCCAGAAAAAAAAUACUGCACUGUGAACAUUUCAGAAAAGGUAUGUCAGACUUGGAUUAACAAUGGCAUGAUUUUUAAAUGGCUGUAAAUAGUGAUAAGGAAAUGUACUGAUUGCCAGUACACUCCACCCUAAUUACGUCACCAGGACUUGAAGCCAAGGGUUAAUGCAGUAAGUAAGCUAUAAAGAGGGUGUUACAUGAGACCCAAUAGUAGAGUUGCAAGAGAAUUAAUACAGCCAGAAACUCUUUGACAAUAGUGGAACUCAUCAUAGUUCAGCUCAGAUAUUUUAUUUCAGAAAUGUAAAGUGUAAUACUAACUCAGAGUAUUACAAAUGGCGGAUGACUAAAAAAUAAUCUGCUUUGCAGAAAAAUAACUAUCUCUACCAAUGUCAAGAUAAUGAACAUUAUCAAGAACAGAAAAAAAAAAGCUUGUGGAAACAACCAUUAACAGUACUACACGUCUGUAUAUAUGCUUGAGAAAGCUGUAAUGUGAAAAUCAUGUUUGCUAUUUAUAAACAUGUCCUUUGGUUAAUGUGUCUGAACAGAUUGUGGGAGUAAGUGAUUCUUCGAAGAAUUAGAUACUUGUCACUGCCUAUACCUGCAGUUGAACUGAAUGGUACUUUGUAUGUUAAUAGCUGUUCUGAUAAAUCAUAUAAUUAAAUUGAUGCAACAUCUUGUA